AUGGUUGCCCGUAUUAUAAUUGCUGGGGAAUCGCAAUGUAAUACUUUUGCUGAAAUUUGCUUUAUAGCAGAUUACCUCUCGAAAAAUUUACCCGAUUUUUGCUAUGAUCGUAUAGAGAAACCAGUACUAGAUUGGACAGCCUGGCUAUUUAAGACGAACCAAAAGAAUAAGUGGCACCAUACUAGUUCACCUCUAGUAUGGAAAGAAUUAUUAACAACUGGAAAGUCAGUUGAACGUGAAUGUAGUUAUAUUGGUACAAAUUAUGCCACAAAAGUAUUAAAAUACGUUGAAAAAAUUGGACUUGCAUUGACCAAUACAGAUAUAUUAAUUAUACUCGACCAUAUACCUUUCAGUGAAGAUCAGGCAAUAGGUGAUUGGUUACACGACAACAAAAAACUAAUGCAAAAAAUUGCUUUAAUGAUAAACGCAUCUGCGUCAUCAAAAAUGAAAAUUAUUUUGCCUAACUUGGGUCCAGCUUGUUACAACGCAACAGUUUUAUCACAAUCUUUAACUCAUAUAAGUAAACAUAAUAUUAUUGUAGCUACAUCUGAUUUAGGCAUGGAAGUAACUCCAAUCAUUGCGAAAAUGAAUGAAAUACCAAUGAGAAACAUAUUCUGUCCUCCCGUUUGGGGUUUCGUUGGUAUUAAUCAUUUAAUUGAUAUAAAUAACACAAUUCAUCGAUACGACGCCUUUGAACCUUAUGAAAGAUACAGAAAAGUUAGAAAUUCCAGUUUAUGUAUUGGCACUUUGACACCGGAAAUGAGAACGAUGGAAUAUUUAACAUUCUUUGAUGAAUCUUUGUGGGUCAAAGUUGCAGAAGAAAAGGUAGACUGA